AGUUCUUCUAUGCUAUGUGACAACCAUUCUUAGAUGUCCGUUCUAUUGCUGGUGCUCUAGCACUGAAAGAUCCCCUGGUUGUGCGACUUUUUUGGGCAAAGCUUAUCAAUAUCAGGAUCUUGCUCUCGGAACCCAUAAGAUCUGCUUUUCCCCGCGAUGACAGCACAAACCCACCUCUUGUGGAUUGACGGCAAAGAGAUCGAAGGCCACGGCGACUUGAUUCCUAUCGAGAACCCCGCCACAGGCGAGAUCUUUGCUCAGUGCGUUGCGGUGGAAGGUCGUGGCAUUUUCAGAUAAGAAGGCUCAUAGACUCACAGCGUUCAAGCCGCAUCCGAUGGAGACGUUCAGGAUGCCAUUCAGGUAGCACACGAUGCGUUCAAAUCUGGAAGCUGGUCUCGCGCUCCACGCCAGACUCGCGCCGACACGCUGGAUCGCAUAGCCGCUCUUCUCACCGACGUCUUGCCGUCCCUUAUCCGGAUCGAGGUUCAACAGACCGGCCGUGCUAUCCGAGAGAUGAACGCCCAAGUGCCGUCCUUGGUCAAGUGGUUCAAGUACUAUGCCUCUCUGUUGCGGGUAGAGGAAAGACCGGUGCUGCCGACAACGGGCAAGCUGCACAAUUGGAUAGAGCGAAGGCCGCUUGGUGUCGUCGUUCAGAUCACGCCGUUCAACCACCCAUUGCUCAUUGCAGUCAAGAAGAUCGCCCCCGCGCUCGCGGCGGGCAAUAGUAUUGUAGUGAAGCCCAGCGAGCUCACGCCGAUCACGACGCUGAUGCUUGGAAAACUACUUCGGGAAGCGGGCGUCCCCGACGGCGUCUUCAACGUUGUCACUGGAUACGGCGCCACCGUGGGGAAAGCCCUCGUCUCUCAUCCUCUUGUCAAAAAAAUCGACGUCACAGGAGGCACGCCGGCCGGGCGAGCGAUUGGGGCGAUUGCGGGCCAGAAUCUGGCGCGCUUCACGGCGGAGCUUGGUGGAAAGGCGCCUCUGAUCGUUUUCGAGGACGCGAACGUCGAGCUUGCCGUCAACGGCAUUGCCUUCGGUUCCUUCAUCGCCAGCGGACAGACUUGUAUUGCGGCUACCAGAAUCAUAGUCCACAACAGCAUCUUGCCAUCUAUGCUGGCGAAGCUCCGAGCCAAGGCGGAGUCCAUCGUCAGACGAAUGGGAGAUCCGAUGGACGCAAACACGAGCAUGGGUCCAAUGAUCUCGGAGCGACAGCUUCAAAAGGCGGCUUCACUUGUUGAAGAGGCGAAAAUAAAGGGCGUCACAGUCGUCACCGGCGGCGAACGGAUGUCGUCAACUCGCUCCUUUGACUUCUCCAAGGGCUACUAUUACCCGCCCACGGUGCUGGCCGACUCGCCCUCGGCAAAGAUUGCAGACACAAAGCUAUGGAAGGAAGAAGCGUUUGGUCCAAUCAUCGUCAUCGUCGGCUUUGAUACAGAGGAUGAGGCGCUCGGUCUGGCAAACGACAGCGAGUUCGGACUGGGAGCAGCGAUUUGGACACAGGAUUUAAGUCGUGCAUUCAGGAUGAGCGAAGGUAUUGAAGCGGGCAUAUGUUGGGUGAACACGCAUCAUCGUAAUGACCCGAGCAGUCCGUGGGGAGGUAUUGGGAGCUCUGGCGUGGGCAGCGAAAACGGAGUCGACGCGUAUCACGCAUAUACAAGCAUGAAAAGCACCAUCAUAAACUACGCGUCGACAGAAGAGAGCCUGGCCAACGACGACUGGUUCAAAGAGGAUGGUGGGGCCGUUAGAUACGGAUGAGAGGGCGAAACGGCCGUGUGAGCUAGCGUGCGGCUUGAGCCUGGAGCUAGCCUUCAAUAUCAAGUAAUCUAUGCAGUCCCAAUUG